GACAGAUAGAGUAUAUCUUGUUGAGUCCUGGCCAUUGAUAGUUAGUAAGUUUCGUAUGAUUGCAACAGAAAUUCAAUCGAAAGCAAAUUUGGUUUUCGAAAAAGAGGAUGCAGCAAAGGAGGACAGAAACGAUGGGACAUUUUUGACACGUUCCGGACCACUUCCUCCUACAUCGCCAGAUCAAUUCCUUCGACGCAGAGCAAAUCAACCAUUAAGAUCUUUGGUUGACUUAUUAAAAUCAAAGGCUUGCGGCAGACGUUUACAAGAAGGGCAUGUAAAUGAUCAAACACUGUUUCCGAGUUCUGUGUUCUCACCAAAGACGAUAAUGUUACUUGAUCCCAUGACGACUUACCAACCCCCGCCUUUUGGUUUAAAUGGUUUGAAAGGAGAUUAUGAAGUCAUGAUUGGGGAUUUGAAAACUUUACAAAGUAUUUUGGGUUUAAAUGCUUUUAGAAAACUAAUUUUGAAUUUUGUCAAGGGUAAUCAAUUAGUAUUCAGAGGAAAUGACCCGAUAAUUAUGCGAUGUAUUAUUAAUGUAUUGAAGGAUUUAGUUCCAAGUGAAUGUUGUUCAAUAGUGGAAAAUGAAAAUAAUUAUCAACCCAUAACAAAAUGUAAUAUUCUCGGGCUAAAUGCAACAGCACAAAUACCAAAUCAUAUAAACAAGUCAACUCUGUACUGUGAUAAACCACUUAAAGAUGAUAAGACCGUAAUGAAUACAUUCAAGUUUAAUAUACAGUAUGGUAUUGAUGAUAACCGUAAUCAUUCUGUACCCAAUUCAUUUAUAAAUCAAUUGACGGGAAUUUUGAAAUUAAAUUUGCCAAAUGAAUUAAUGAAUACUAGAUUAAUGAUCUUUAAAGAACAAUGGUCAUGUAAAGCAAAGCAGUUUCUCCGAUUUGUUACAGGAAAUGUUUAUGGAGGGAAUGUCUUACCAAAUAUUGAUUUGACUAAACAAAUAGAAUUUAUUAAACGAAUUGAUAUAAACGAAAAUGAUUUACCAAUUGUGAAAUUUUGGACGGGACAUUUAACGACUAAAUGA